AUGAAUAAUAAACUUAGACCUCUUCAAGUACGCCUUGGCCAAUUUGAUCUGGCCCAGGCUAUUGAGGAGCAUAAAAAGGUAGGCCGACGACAAUUGGCCGACAAACGAUUCAUCAACGGUAUUCUCAAGACGUCCAAUUGGGAAAAGAACCGAUUCAACGACCAGCGCAAGUACGGGAACAAGUGGCUCGACUACUGUCGAUUCACGGACGAUGAUAGCAAGACAGUAUUCGAGCGCGGGUUGCUCUGCUUUACACCGUUGCGUCAAUAUAAGGCAUUGGAUGUGUCAACGUGGGACUACCUUAGCUAUAAGAGCUCGAAGGAAUGGGAGAUGUUUGUGAGUCUUCUUGGCUCUGUGCCGAGGGUGGAUGUUUUGUGUAUUGCUGGCGAAGCUUUUCUUCAAGCGAAGGAGAAUAAGGAGCAUGUUGAGUUCAACUGGGAAAAAGAGGCUGGCGGAGUUAUGGAAAAUUGUUGGCUUACGGAAGAUGAUGACAGAGUUGAGUCGUGGUUGGAGGUUUACCAGUCUGAGUCUGAGCAGGAGGGCAAUGAGGAUGGUGAGGAGGAGAGUGAGAGUGAGAUUGUCGCCAUUUCCUAA